UCCCAAGCCACGUGGGAAAAACAGCAGCAUUCUCCGGCUACGCAGGUAAUUCCAAGAGCCAGCCAACAUGACAUAAGCAGUUGGAGGAAAUCCGAAACUUCACUGACUGAAUCAAAGGGGGGAACUUUCCAAACUUAUCGAGUUGAUUUCCCUCGAAACAAGGGCCCCCCCACCUUGUCAAUCCACAAAAUUUGCAUCGGUGUCAUUGGAAUAGAUCCAUUGAAGAGACCAGCUCAUAAAAAAGAUCUUGAAGGAGAGAGGAGAAAAGAAAAAUGGGGAGGAUGGAGUUUUUGAAGAUGAAGACUGAUGAUGAAGUCAGCGCUAAUUUAAUUGAUUCCGAUGUCAGUGAGCUCAAGGUUGCUGCUAAGAAACUCAUCAAGGAUGCCGCUAGGCUUGGUGGCUUGGGGUUUGGUACCUCUUUUCUCAAAUGGGUUGCCUCCUUUGCUGCUAUUUAUUUGUUGAUAUUGGACCGGACAAACUGGAGAUCCAACAUGCUGACUUCACUUUUAGUCCCUUACAUUUUCUUUAGUCUUCCUUCUGUACUAUUUAACUUCUUCAGAGGGGAAGUUGGAAGGUGGAUUGCUUUUGUUGCAGUGGUUCUCAGGCUCUUCUUCCCACGACAUUUUCCAGAUUGGCUGGAGAUGCCAGGAUCAAUAAUUCUUCUUCUGGUUGUGGCUCCAAAUUUCUUUGCACACACCUUGAAGGAGAGCGUGGUUGGUGUCUUCAUAUGCCUUAUCAUUGCUUGUUACCUAUUGCAAGAGCACAUCCGGGCAUCUGGUGGGUUCAGAAAUUCGUUUACACAGCCCCAUGGAAUAUCAAACACUGUUGGGAUUAUCCUUCUGAUAGUUUAUCCUGUGUGGGCACUAGUGCUUCACUUCUUGUAGGCACUUUAGCCUGCGGAUUCGAGCAGUGAAACUGUGACUGCACUGCAAAUUAAAACAUUCAUGCUGUGUUUACUUAAUUUGUUAGAUAUCAAUAAUACUAUGAUUUGGUAUGCAUCGACAGUCGGUUGUUCAUAAAUUCUAUUGAAUCGUGCAUCUGUUUGCAAUAAAAGAACUUUUGUAUGCAGUUGAUGUAAAAGAACUGUUGAUUGUUCACUAUUUGUCAAGAGUAUGAUCUAUGGAUGUUGGAA